GGGCUUAGCUUACCACAGACUGAGGCAGGAAAUAUCUAACUGUGUGUGUGUUUAAGGUCGUGCUGCUUCUUGCAUCGCUGCUUUUCUCUCCACUCCCUGCUCAGACGUGUUUUGUGCCACCGCCAGCUAUCUUCCCAAGUAUGCUCCCCUUGAAGCCAGUGCCAGGUCAGUUCAGCCCAGAGGUCCGGCAGCAGGGCCUGUGGGUAUGGAGGGUAGAAAAGAUGAAGGCGGUGCCACUAGAUUCCUCUGAGGUGGGAGCUUUCUUCAACGGAGACUCCUAUUUGGUGCUGGAUAACCGCGGGGAGGAGGGAGUUGACCUCCACAUGUGGAUAGGUGAAAAAUCGUCUCGAGAUGAGCAGGUAGCUUGUGCCAUGCUGGCCACCCAGCUGGAUAAUUUUCUGGGUGGAGACCCCAUUCAGCACAGGCACGUUCAGGGCUUCGAGACUCCGGAGUUCAUGGAGCUCUUCCCCCGAGGGGUCAGCUACAAGGAGGGUGGUGUGGAGUCAGGUUUCAGGAGGGCUCAGGGCUCUGGCACGGUGCAGAGGUUGUACCAAAUCAAAGGAAAGCGCAACAUCCGUGCCAAAGAGGUGGAGCUGUCCUGGAAGAGCUUCAACAAGGGAGACUGCUUCAUCCUUGAUCUCGGAGAGACGAUUGUGUCGUGGAUCGGCUCGCAAGCCAACAUCUUCGAGAAGCAAAAGGUGCGCGAGAUCGCCUCGCUGAUCCGCGACACAGACCGACACGGCAAAGCCCGCAUUGUGGAUGCAAACGAGGGGGAAGAGCCGGAGGAGAUGAUCAAAGUCCUAGGACAGAUUCCGACUUUGCCAGAGAGCACGCCAGAAGAGGACAGCAAAGCAGACGCCUCCAACAUGGCCUCCCUCUACAAGGUGUCUGAUGCCACCGGUUCCAUGACGACGACCAAAGUGUCCGAUAAGAGCCCGUUUGCCCAGGAGCUGCUGAUUCGUGACGACUGCUUCAUCCUGGACAACGGCUCCAACGGAAAGGUCUUCGUCUGGAAAGGUAACGGAGCCAAUGCUGAGGAGAAGAGGGUGGCCCUGCAGAUGGCGGACAAAUUCAUCGAGCAAAUGAAUUACCCUCGCAUGAAAACACAGGUGGAAAUCCUGCCACAGGGGAAGGAGACCAUCAUCUUCAAGCAGUUCUUCAAAAACUGGAACUGAGCACUUCACUGGGAAUCCUGCACAUGGAGACAAGGCUGCGUGUCUUCAGAGAGCACCUGUUACAAAAUGCAUUUGUUUUGUUUUUUUAAUAUAUAUAUAUAGUGACUUGUAUGUACAUAAAAAGUGUAAGGCUGACAGUAAGCUGCCUCUUGCCUUGGACUUUGGUAGAAUUCGAGAUGUGAUGCCACUUUUAUAAAAACAAGCUACUUGUAGUAACAGAAAAAGGAUAUAAGGAAAAAUAUUAGCUAUAACUCAAGUAAAUGAGAUGUGCUUUUUUUACAUUGGUUCAAUGGUGUCCCAGUUUUGCCUGCAUUUCAAAAAUAAAUGUAAAACUCUGGUUUAUACAGGA